AUGACCACCGCACAGGAUUUGUUUGCCCAGGGCAGCCACGCAUUCGCCGAGGAUGACUAUGAGGAAGCUCUUGACCUUUAUUCCCAGGCUAUCGAGGUCAAUGGAACCUACGCCGAGAUCUUCUUGAAGCGUUCUGCUACGUACCAGAAGCUCGGAAAGGACAAGGAGGCAUACGGGGAUGCCGUUCACGCGUUAGAACUUAUCAAGGAGAAGCCUUCUUCGGACGUGACCGUUGAGGCCAAGGCCCAGCUUCGCAAAGGUGUCGCCGCCUUCCACUUGCAGGACUAUCAGACCGCAAAAGUCGCAUUGGAGGCUUGCCAGGCUUUGAGUCCCGAGCAGCGUACUCUUGCUAGCUGGAUUCGCAAGAACGAUCAGGAGCUCGCCAAGUUGCCCAAGGCCGCUACCCCUGCUACUGCUGCCCCUACUGCUGCUGCCCCAGCCACCGUUGCUGCUGCUGCUCCCGCUGCCGAAGUGACUCCCGUUGUGUCGGCCGUUGCCUCUACGCCCGUCCCAGCCCCAUUGACCCCCGCUGCUCACCGCGUCAGGCACGAGUGGUACCAGAAUGAUACUUUUGUUACCAUCAGCGUCUUCAUCAAGAAUGUGAAGAAGGAUGCCGCCGAAAUCAUUUUCACGGACCAGGCCUUGUCCGUCUCGGUCAAGAUGCCUACCGGAUCAGACUACUCUCUUGAGUUAGACCCUCUGAGUCACAAGAUCAUUCCUUCGGAGAGCAAGUACGAGGUGUUGUCGACCAAGAUAGAGAUCCAGCUCAAGAAGGAGGUCUUUGCCAUCAAGUGGGGCGCUCUUGAGGGCGACGAUGUCAACGCUGGCUCCAUGGCCGCUGUUUCUGCCGGCGCUACUCCAGCAUACCCAACCUCGUCCAAGAAGGCGAAGAACUGGGAUGCCUUGGCAAAGGAGGCAGCCAACGAAGAGGACAAGGCCGAUGGAGAUAAGGCUCUGAACCAGCUCUUCUCUCAAAUCUAUAAGGAUGCCGACGAUGAUACAAAGCGUGCCAUGAUGAAGAGUUUUACUGAGAGUAAUGGCACCUGCCUGUCGACCAACUGGGAUGAGGUCGGAAAGGGCACCGUCGAGACCCGCCCCCCAGAGGGCAUGGUCGCCAAGAAGUACUCUUCUUAA